CGGAUCACCAAGUGCCUGCCGAUCUUAGAGCGUCUGAGAAAAGAAAUUUAAAGGUGCCGCCAUCCUUUUUGCCCCAACGGUUGGACGCCCUGGAGACUCAGUUUUCCUUCUUGUCAAUUCUCCUCCUGCUUUCUUUUCUCUUUUCUCUUUUCUCCUUUCUUUCUUUGUGUAGCUCAUAAUCCAUUCCAUUUUUGCGGUCGCAAUUCGGUGGUCUGAGCCAAGAUGGCGAGUCCUGGUGAGAGCCCGCUUAACCGCGAGCCGCGUCUCAGGGAUCUUGUCUCCAGGUUCAUCACCAGAUCCGGAGCGUAUCAUCGGAAUCACAGCAUCUUCCCAGCUAUCGAUGGAAGUUUACACCUGGUCCAAGUCGGUGGCGAGGUCAAGCGGCCCUUGACACUCACCCUGACCCAGCUGCGAGAUGAGUUCGCUCAACAUGAGGUGACCUGCGCCCUCCAGUGUGCCGGCAACCGGCGGCAUACGAUGCGAACUAAGCUGAAAGAAGUUCGUGGUGUUGACUGGAGAGAUGGCGCCGUGAUGAAUUGCACAUGGAGAGGCCCAAGAUUAAGAGACGUUCUGCUACGAGCCGGGGUUAAAAGCGAAUAUGCAGCACAGAGUCCGCUCCAUGUAGAAUUUUUGUGCUUUCAGGCCAUGUGCGAAGACGACAACUGCUAUGCUGGCAGUAUUGAGUUAUGGAGGGCCCUCCAGCAGGACAAGGAUGUUAUUUUAGCCCUUGAGAUGAAUGGAGAGACACUCACCCCUGACUAUGGUUAUCCUGUCCGUGUAGUUAUUCCUGGAAUCAUCGGAGCUCGAUGGGUCAAAUGGCUCGAUUGUAUUAUGGUCCGGAAGACAGAGUCUCCCAAUUAUUACCAGGCACAUGACUACAAGGUCCUCCCACCCGAAGUUCUCACCUGGGAGAUGGCAGAAGAUUACUGGGAUAAAGCCCCAUCCAUGCAGGAAAACCUUGUGAAUUCAGUUGUCGCGGUUCCCGACGAUGACGAAACCAUCUUUCAGGGAUCUGACGGCCUAAUCGAAGUUAGAGGUUAUGCUGUUCCCCAGGGCGAUCAAGGGCCGGUGAUCCGCGUGGAGGUAUCAGGAGACGAAGGAAAUACGUGGGUUGAAGCUGAGCUACACGGUGCCGGCCCACAAAAUCGGUACAAAUGGUGCUGGGUUCUCUGGAAAGCACGUAUCAAAGUCGACCAGGGAUCAAAUAAAACUAUAUACAGUCGCGCUACGGAUGCAGGAGGCAAUACUCAACCGAUGUGGUCUGAAUGGAACAUCCGCGGCGUUGGAUACAACGGAUAUGGUGCUUCUUGGAACGUGACCGUGUUAUAGUUACACGAUCCUGGCAGAUACCUGUCAUCGUCUAUAUCAUAUCCUUAUUUCGGUUCCAUGACCCUCCUUUAUCAUUUCGUUACGAGAUGAUCCUCACAUCAGCA